CUUCGAUGUUGCACACGUCGGAGUGCAAAAGAAAACUAAUUCGAUAACAUUCAAAGUCAAUAAGAAGUUUGUUUAUUAUUGAUAUUAGAUGAAGUUGCCGCGGAAACUUUUUUAAAUAUUGUAUCCAUGCAACAAAGAAGAAAGUGUGGCAUUGAAAAGUUUCAAUGUGAUAAUGGAAAUUGUAUAGCAAAUGAGUUUUUAUGCGAUGGACAAGCAAAUUGUAAAGAUCAAUCCGAUGAAACGCAGUCUGAAUGUUCUAAACCUCAAUUAAUGUGCUCACCAUACGCAUUUAGAUGUAAUUAUGGUGCUUGUAUUGAUGGUGAUCUAAUAUGUAAUGGAAAGCAAGAUUGCAUUGAUAACAGCGAUGAAACAUUAGCUAGAUGUUUGUAUAGUAUGCAAAAUAUUACCACCUCUAUAAAAUGUUCCAUAAAUCAAUUCAAAUGUGAUAAUGGUCAAUGCAUCGAUUUUGAAAGGCUGUGUAAUGGUGAUGUAGAUUGCAGAGAUCAUUCUGAUGAAACAUUUUCUAAAUGUGGAUCAUUAUACUGCAAUGAAUUGUUAUUUCGAUGCAAUUAUGGAGCUUGUAUAGACGGUAAUUUACAAUGCGAUGGUAUAAUAAAUUGUGCGGAUGGGUCAGACGAAGAUCCAAAAUUCUGCACAAAAACUGUAACAAGUCCAAUUUCUAUUAUAUCUAUAUCUCCUUCAAGAAGUAUCACAUCGACACUAUCUCCAUGGAUCCCAAAACAAUCAAUUUAUUGCUUGGUACCUCCCCAGCCAGCAAAUGGUAAAUGGCAAUUAUAUAAGUUGCAAUGCCAAACACAAGAAAACUGUGAUGUGCAACAAGGUGUACAAUUAUACAUUGGGGCUUAUUUAGUUUACACUUGUAAUCCUGGUUAUAAAAUAAAUGGUUCUCCUUAUGUAUUAUGUGAUCUAGAGGGAAAAUGGUUAAAUAUUCCAGUUUGUACAGAAAUACGUUGUAAAUCAUUGACUUCAGCAUCAACAAAUGCUGUAUGUACAUAUAAUGGUAAAUGGACAGCUUGCGAAUCUCCUGUUUUACCUGAAACAAUUGCAAUUUUGAAUUGUCGUAACGGCUAUCAUGAAGAUACAUUAUUCCUAUCAAGACCAAAAGCUCAAGUUAGAUGUAACAAAAAUGGUCAAUGGGAACCAGAACCGAUAAAAUGUAUCCCAGUAUGUGGAGUUUUUACUCCAAGCACAAAGCCUCUCAUAAUACAUGGGAAUGCUAUUGACAUUUCUCUAUUUCCAUGGCAUGCUACUCUCUAUGAAACGAAAAGUCCAGAUGGACCAAAGGAAUUUACUUGUGGUGCAACAAUUAUAAAAGAUAAUCUCCUUGUCACUGCAGCCCAUUGUGUUUUUGAUGAAAGAAAUAAAAAAAUAAAUGACCCAAAAAGAUAUUAUAUAGCAACUGGAAAUAUUUUUCGUGAUUAUGAAUCUCCGCUGCAUGAUCCACAUUUUGUUAAAAAAGCUCAAGUUGAGAAUAUUUAUAUUCCUUGUAAUUAUUUGGGCUUAGAAGGAAAUUAUGCUUGGGACAUAGCUCUUUUGAAAAUUGAUAUGCCAUUUGUAUUCUCAGCUUUUUUAUUACCAGCAUGUUUGGAUCAAACUUUUAUUGAGUUUGGAUAUGGGGUAGUUGCAGGAUUCAGUAGAACCACUUUAGGAGCAUCAAGUUUUAUUCUACAAUCUGCAAUACUGCCCUAUGUUCCUCUUAAUCAAUGCAAAUCUGCAAGCAGUACUCAGUAUGAGAAGUUCAUAAUAUCUGACAAAUUUUGUGCUGGCUAUACAAAUGGAACAUCCAUUUGUGAUGGUUAUGGUGGUGGAGGAUUGGUAUUUCAAACUGGAAAUUUGUGGUUUUUAAGAGGUAUUGUUAGUAUUGGUGUAACGCUAUCAGCUGGAAGUGAAUAUUGUUACAGUUAUUCAUAUGCUCUUAAUACACGUAUUUCCAGUCAUAUAGAUUGGAUUCAAGAUAUUAUUCUCAGAUUAGAAUCAUCUAAUCCACUUCCCUUGUGUCAUAAUUUAUAUCAUAAUAUAUUUCUUUGAUAAUAAAUCAAAGUACUGAUUUUAUAUAAUUCAUUAGUUGUUAAUUUCUAUAAUAAAGCAAUAAAUUGAAUACUUUAAAAACACAAGUAAUUAUCAAUACUUUCUUUU